AUGAAUCUUAAAAGGAUAAGAGACUCAAAUCUAACGGUGUUUUUCAAGUAUGAAAGGUUGUCUUAUAUUUGUUACUAUUGUGGACAGUUUGGCCACGGUGAAAGAGAAUGUUUGCUAAGAUCGGAUUCAACAGACUCAGUUAAGAAAGGGUCGAUGCAAUAUGAGGUAUGGCUGAGGGCUCCAGUGGGAAGAGGGUUGAAGAAUAUAGCAGGCUUAGAUGCCAGUGAGGACAAAUCGCCGACGGUGGAGAAAAAUGGAAUUUUUUCGGCUAGCGUACAAGUCUCGCUGGAGAAGAAUUCCCAAAAUGGGGCAGCGGUGAUAGAGCCGAGAGUUAUGGGUGUGUCUGGUUUAAUAUCUGAUAUAGAAAGCGUGAUUAUUGAGGACGAAAUAUUCAAGAAAGUUGAAGUUACAAAUUCGGUGGAUAAAGGCAUCUCAGCAGCAAUAAUUGUGGAUAAUUAUCCAAAGGAAAUUGAAGGGAAUUUUAUAGGGACACAAGUUGUUAAUGUGGGCCCUAAGUUGGUGGAAGUUGUGGGUGGGGCCGUAGGAAAAGGGACACAAGUUGUUAAUGUGGGCCCUAAGUUGGUGGAAGAUGUGGGUGGGGCCGUAGGAAAAGAUAGGAGUCAGCCUAUCUCAAAUAAAAAUAGGGAGGCCCAGUGGACUGACGAAGACUAUAUGGAUAUCCCCAUUUCUUCAUUAGCCCAAACCAGAGGUCUUCUUAAGUUGGGGGAGUUAGGCGUUGACGAAGGAAGUUCACCCAGUCAAAACCCGAUAGCUACGAAGAAAUGGAGAAGAAAGGAAAAAGGCUCAGUAUCGUCUGGCCAAACAAAAAAUCUGAUGGAUCCCAAUGGCAAACAGAAGUAUGGAGAAGGAAUUGAAGAUUUGGGUUCACGAAUAGAUGCGAGUGUAAUGAAAGAAGCUAAGGUAAAUGGUGGUCUAAGGCAUACAGAUUCGAUAGAUAUGGAAAAUUUAACGGUGGGAACUGGUCUCCAGUCCCACCGAUCGUUAUGAAAAUCCUUAGUUGGAACUGCCGGGGAC